AUGAAGGGUAGCAGCUCUGAGGAUUCUAUUCACCUUGAGAAUGCGGCGUCCCCUCCGCCAACAUCUGAUUCGCAAGGGGACGAGAUAUGGGUAACCGAAUCAUCUCACGAUCCUUGUAAUUGGCCACAAUGGAAGAAAAAUGCACAGAUAUUGAUGGUUGCUUUCCACUCUAUGAUGUGCACAUUUAUGGCAGCUGGAAUUAUUCCUGCCUAUGAGACCUUUGCGGAGCAGUACAACAUCACGGUGGAAGAUGCCAGCUAUUUGACUUCCUUCCAGAUCCUGCUUCUCGGUCUCUCCCCAUUAAUUUGGAACCCCAUAACUGCUGUGUAUGGUCGAUACCCCGUGAACUUGUUCUCGGUCUUCGCCAGUAUGCUUUGUAAUAUUGGCGGUGCAAGAUGCACAUCAUACGGUACCCAGAUGGCCACUCGAGUCCUCACGGCUUUCUUCAUCUGUCCCCCGAUCGGCAACGGAAGUGGAAUGAUCAACCAGCUAUCCGAGCCCGAAAAACGUGCGCAGAAGCUGGGCUGGUGGACUCUCAUGACAACCAUCGGCACACCUGCAGGCCCCUUCUUCAUGGGCUUCGUUAUCCAACACAUUGGCGUUCAAUGGAUUUUCUGGAUCUUUGCUAUCAUCAACUUCGUCCAGUUUGUUCUGUAUAUUGCAAUUGGCGAUGAAACUAUAUUUGAUGAGAACACUCCUCGUGAGAAAUCUAUGUCUCAAAGAGGAACUUGGCAAAAAAUGAUCCCCCGACAAAUCACUGCCCGUGAAUUCCACCUCCGUGAUAUCCUAGCACCAUUCUCCUUGGCCAAGCACCCUCACGUGUUGAUCACCGCCUGUGCGCACGCCAUCACCUUUUGCUAUGCUAACAUCGCCCUGAUUGUCGAGAUGCCCAUCGCUUUCGGUCAGAAAUUCGAUUUCAACGCCCAGCAGAUUGGGUUGCAGUUUAUCGCCAUUAUCAUCGGAUGUGUUCUAGGCGAACAAGUUAGCGGGCCCAUGUCUGACUUGUUCUUGAAACGUGUUCGUCAGAGCAGAGGACACUCCUGUCCAGCCGACCGUUUAUGGCUUGCUUAUCUUGCCUUCUCGACGAUUUUUGCUGGUCUCUUGACCUGGGGCUUCCAACUGCAGCACGCAGUAGCAUGGAAUGUCACACCCUGCGUUGGUGCGGCAAUAGCCAGCUUUGGCAACCAGAUGCAAACUACCAUUCUUACCACUUUUGCUGUGGAGAGUAAAUGGGAGAGAGCAGCUGAAGUGGGCGUUUUUAUCAAUGCCUUGCGACAGGUUUAUGGAUUUCUCGGUCCUUUCUAUUUCCCCCAUAUGUUCUCGUCGCUCGGAUUUGGUGGGGCUGCUGGGGUAAUGGUCGCUAUUAUAGCUGGAUGUUCACUCUGUCCUAUUAUCGCUGUCCAGGUUACAGCCACUCGACACGCUACUGGCCCGUAA